AUGCUGUCCUCCCUGCUGAAGCGGAGGCCGAUCCCUUGGCGCUUCUACCACUCGCUGCUCUCCACGCGCUGGUGCGCGUUUCCUCUGCUGGCGCUGGCCUACAGCGGGUCCCUGCUUGUGGCAUGCCAGCUUUGCGGCCAUUUCGGCACCUGGAGCGCGGCCGUUCUGGCAGCCGAUUGCUCCCGAAGCCGUGCCAGGGCCGUGGAGGCGGCAGUGCUCCUGGGUCUCGCACUCCUUUUGAGCGGUCUACUCUUAGCCUGUGCACCGCUGUUGGGCCUCGAGCUCCUCGCGGCCUACACCGCGCUGCUCGGCCUCGGCGCGGUGCUGGGCCACUUCCUGCACGUCGGGCUUUGGAAGCAGCCGGAGCGCGUGGGCACUCCGAGGGUCCUUCAGACCUACCUGGCGCAGCCAAAGGCGCUCCGGUUCCUGGUGAACUCCAACUUCGCCUCCAAGGACUUCCAUCAGGUGCGGGCGAUCUGGCAGGGUGAGCAGAAGGAAGAGGUGUGCCUGUACGUCAUCAAGGACUACGAGGGCCACCCUACCUUGGAGGCCGGCUUUUCUGCUUCGGAGACGGAUGAAGCCGAUGGCUGGUGCUGCCUCCCACUUCUGAAGGGAAUCGGAGAGACCGACGGCUACCAGUCUGGGCAGGCACUGAAUGUCUCAGAGCUGCAGAGCCUCUGUGCCUCGGACCUCACCCGUGUCGCCGCAUUCCUGCGGUCCGAUCAUUGCAAGUCCGUGUACGUACUCACUGGUGCCGGCGUUUCAACGGGCGCGGGCAUACCAGACUUCCGGUCGGCUGGUGGUCUCUACGACUCCAUCCGGCCCGAGCUCAUAACUGCCAGCUUCAUACAGCGCCAGAAGAUGAGAUUCGAUCCUACAUAUGUGGUUGAACGGGACAUGUUCUUCCAGAAUCCCUUUCCUUAUCUGGAGGUAAGGCGGCCGUUUAUUCUCGGCACACAUAGACAAGAGUGGAAGGCAACCAUUUCUCACUGGUUCAUGAAGUUUCUGGAAGAGGAGGGCAAGUUGAAGCGACUGUUUACUCAGAACAUUGAUGGCUUGGACUACCAGACUGGUAUCUCGCCGACACGGGUGACGAAUGUCCACGGCAGCAUCGCGCGUGUCUCCUGCGAAGGCUGCGGAAAGGAAAUGCCAUUUGACGACUUCUGUGCCCAAGUCCGUACCAACAUCAAGGACAUCUACAAAACGGAUCCAGAAGCUCCGGAAGAAUCCGUCAGCAUUCCCUGUCCGCACUGCCAGCGCCCCUUGGUCAAGCCCAACACUAUCCUCUUCGGAAGCAACCUUCCGGAAGAGUUCUUCGACCGUGUUCCUGAGUUGCACCAAGCGGAUCUUCUGCUGGUCGCAGGCACCUCGCUGGUGGUUUCACCGGCGAACUCUGUUGUAAACGAGGUGCCUGGCAGCUGCAUGAGGGUGAUCAUCAACAGGGAGCAGGUUGGGCAGGACUUGGGCGUCGACUAUGGUCCACAUGCCAUGCGCGACGUGUGGUCUGGCGAGAGGACUUGUGAUGAGACCUUCCUCCAGCUGAUCAAACUGAUGGGCUGGCAGGAGAAACUUCGCCGGGUGAAGCAUCGACUGCCCGAGAGCAACCAGGAGAUGCUCCAGGACCUGUGA